CCUGACUCUCUUAUCAUAACAGCCAAGUUGCUCCAAAGCCUCAAAGUCGCAGUGCUGUUGGAUUAUUGCGCCUUUCAGCCUCCGUGUGAGAUACUUGGGACUUAAGUCAAGAGAAAGCUUCUGCAAACUUGUUAGGUGGAGAAGUGAGUGUGUGCAUGUGUGUUUGUAUGUGUUUACAGUAAGUUAAAGUGUCUGGGCGUUGUUUAUUAUUUCUGCCUCUAUUGUUCCUUGCGGGGAGCGUGUUACAUGUUUGUGUAUGUCUUUGUACGGUAACGUACAUGUGACAGGAGAUGAUUGUCCUUUUGUUCGCGCCCGGCCUUUCCAGGCUGGCAUUUAAUGCUUAGCUGUUGUUCGGUAGAGAAAAGAGCCACGCUGUGCUGUAGAAUAGUAAGUGUUCAGAGUUCAGAGUUAAAUUGCAACACACAGAAAGCAGGAAAGGAAAUGCUUCAGGCUUCGGUAUAAUUGGGAUAGUUAAUUUGCGAUCCAAACAUAAACACACAAAUAGUGUUGCUGCAAACAUGUGUAACCCCAUGCAUUAUUAUCACAUACUGGUGUGUUUCCUGUGGCAAAGCUGACAGGGGCAUUGGCUCUGCACGUUUACUUUCUACAUUACUGGAUGACGGAAAAAGUGAGACCUUGUGAGUUUUGUCAAGUAGUUUUGUUUGGCAGCCUUGCCUGUCUUUCCUUUCAACUCAGUACUUUUCAGUGGUGGAAGUUUUGAUAUUGACAGGUUAGAUAAUAGCAUGAUGUGGCGCUGAUUUUCAAGUAUUGUGUGUUUGUGACUGUGUGUGAGUGUGUUCAUCAAAAUAACUGCACUAAUGCUACCCAGCAAAACAGGAGACAUGCUCCAGGAAGCUGAAUUGUACAAUGUUGAGGAGGAGACUCAGGCUUCAGAGUCAAGCCCCUUUUCAGACAGCAGUAAGGUCCCCUACACCCACCGCUCUGAUCGCUACAACGACGGCAGCUGUGGCCCCCCGGGCUCUCGGGGGCCGGUGGUGGCCCCGCCAAGCCCAGCCAGCCUCGCCUGGGCCCAGCGCACUCGCAACCAGCCAGCAAGCCUGGCCUUGCGCAAGCAGGAGGAGGAGGAGAACAAGCGGUGCAAGGCUCUAUCAGACAGCUAUGAGCUAUCCACAGACCUCCAAGAUAAGAAGGUGGAGAUGCUGGAGAGAAAGUAUGGCGGCUACUUCCUGAGCAGACGAGCGGCGCGUACCAUCCAGACUGCCUUCCGGCAGUAUCGCAUGAACAAGAACUUCGAGCGCCUGCGAAGCUCGGCCUCCGAGAGCCGCAUGACGCGCCGCAUCAUCCUGUCCAACAUGCGCAUGCAGUACUCAUUUGAUGAUCGGCAGCCUCAGGCGCAACCACAGAGCCACCACAGCCCGGGCAUGGGCCCUCCACACUCACCAGACCUGGAGCCUGGACCACCCACCCGCCCGGGGGACUACACCCACCUAGAGGACUCAUUUUCCAAACAGGUUAAGUCGCUGGCCGAUUCCAUUGACGAUGCCCUGACGUGCCGGCCGUCCAGAGAAGACUCCCAGGAGGGCAUCGGGGACAGCAGCGGCGUGGUGGACGAUUUUGGUGAAUGCAUCUGGAGCAGCAGCAGCCACCCGUCCCUACGCCGUGGCCUGGGCGACCGGGACAGGGGCGGAGGGGGUGGCGGCUUGAGCAUGCAUGAGGACAGCACGGCCACUUCAUACAGUGAUGUCACCCUCUACAUGGACGAUGGUCUGCCAUCCUCACCACUCUCACUGGACAGAGCUCCGAGCAGUACAGACACAGAGUUCUGGGGAGGUGGUGGGGGGAGCAGUGGAGUCGGCGGUCGAGAGGACAGCCGCGACACGGAGGGGGGAGGUAGCAGCAACAGCCGCAGGAGCACACCUUGCACAGAGUGCCGCGACUACCGCCUCCGUGGGGCUCACCUGCCCUUGCUCACUAUCGAACCGCCCAGCGACAGCUCUGUGGACAUGAGUGACCGCUCAGACCGUGGCUCUCUUGGCAGGCAGUUGGUGUAUGAGCAGGACUCGACCGGAGGAUCCCCGCAAGGCACAUUAAAACACAACCCCAACGCCCGCUCAGUUACUGCUGCAGCGCAGGGUCAGACGCGUCCAGCUAGCCGGCCUUUGCCAUCACACAUCCCCCACCACGUAGCGCACCACCAUCACCACCACCAUCACCACCAUCAUCACCAGUACCCCGACACGCCAUCGUCUUCUUCUUCCCCCCAGCAGCCCCCAACCACGCCACUCUCCUCCUCAUCCUCCGCCCCACUGCCCCCUGGUGGCCUGGAUCAGCAGUGCUGCUCGGACGGUGACAAUGACUCUCUAAACUCCACCACUAACUCUAACGAAACCAUCAACUGCAGCUCCGGCUCUUCGUCCAGGGACAGCCUGAGGGAGCCACUGCCACCUCUGGGCAAGCAGACCUACCAGAGGGAGAGCCGUCACAGUUGGGACUCGCCUGCCUUUAACAAUGACGUGAUGCAGAGGAGGCAGUACCGCAUCGGCCUCAACCUCUUUAACAAGAAACCAGAGAAAGGCAUCCAGUACCUGAUAGAGCGUGGUUUUGUGUCAGACACGCCUGUCGGUAUUGCCCGCUUCAUUCUGGAGAGGAAAGGCCUGAGCCGGCAGAUGAUCGGGGAAUUUCUGGGCAACAGACAGAAGCAGUUCAACAAGGAUGUGCUUGAUUGUGUGGUAGAUGAGAUGGACUUUUCUGGAAUGGAUCUAGAUGAUGCUCUGAGGAAGUUUCAGGCCCAGAUCAAAGUGCAAGGAGAGGCCCAAAAAGUGGAACGGCUUAUAGAAGCUUUCAGUCAGAGGUAUUGUGUAUGUAACCCUGCGUUGGUGCGCCAGUUCCAGAACCCCGACACUAUCUUCAUCCUGGCCUUUGCCAUCAUCCUCCUUAAUACAGACAUGUACAGCCCCAGCGUCAAAGCAGACAGGAAGAUGAAGUUGGAUGAUUUCAUUAAGAACCUGCGAGGAGUUGACAAUGGGCAGGAUAUCCCACGUGACCUGUUGGUUGGUAUCUACCAGCGUAUUCAGAAGUGGGAGCUUAGGACCAAUGAUGACCACGUCUCCCAGGUCCAGGCUGUGGAGAGAGUCAUUGUGGGCAAGAAACCAGUCCUGUCUCUUCCUCAUCGUAGGCUGGUUUGCUGCUGUCAGCUCUAUGAGGUGCCUGACCCCAACCGGCCCCAGCGGACUGGAGUCCACCAGAGAGAGGUUUUCCUCUUCAAUGACUUGCUGGUGGUAACAAAGAUCUUCCAAAAGAAGAAAACCUCAGUGACAUACAGUUUCCGACAGUCCUUCCCUCUGGUGGAGAUGCAGGUUCACAUGUUCCAGAACUCCUACUACCCUCAUGGUGUCAGACUAACAUCAGCGAUCCCGGGCGGAGAGCGUAAGGUGCUGAUUGUGUUCAACGCACCAAGUCUGCAGGACCGUACACGCUUCGUCAGCGACCUGAGAGAAAGCAUCGCUGAGGUGCAGGAGAUGGAGAAAUACAGAGUGGAGUCGGAGCUAGAGAAGCAGAAAGGUGUGAUGCGGCCCAGCCUUUUGAGCAGCAGUGUGGUGGGUGGAGGUGUGGGCGGGGUCAAGAGUGAAGUGGUGAAUGGCACAAUAGGAAGACCCAGUCUGGACGACAACUACUCACCUGGCGAAGGCCUUAAACGCACUGCUCUCAGCUCCUCACUGAGGGACCUGUCUGAUUCAGGGUUCCAUCAUUAGCAGUCCUCGGCCUCACCAGCGUUACCCAGUAGCCACUGUACUCCCGAGCUGCUAUGGAGCCGAAGAUUACCGGCCUCACCGCCCCAUCCUGAGCCCCGGAGUGGGGGUGGGGGGUGGGCCGGGGCAGCAGCAACAACACACCACACCUGCGGUGGCUGGCGCUGGGCCAGCCUCCAGCAGCAGCAGCAGCGAGAGAGGAGCCAGUGGGACGGGG